AUGGCAGAGGAUGCUAGACGUUUAGCCGGAGAAGAUCCAGAUUAUUCUGUUCGCGACUUGUACAACGCCAUUGAUAAAGGAGAUUACCCAGAAUGGACCCUUCACAUUCAGAUAAUGACACUGGAGCAAGCCGAUAACUGGACAAUGGAUCCAUUUGAUCUCACUAAGAUUUGGCCACAUGCAGAGUUCCCCCUGAUUCCUGUUGGCAAACUGGUACUGAACCGAAAUCCGGAGAACUACUUCGCAGAGGUCGAGCAAGCAGCUUUUUCCCCAUCCCAUCUUGUUCCGGGAAUCGGCUUCUCCCCGGAUAAAAUGCUCCAGGGACGUAUUCUUUCUUACGUGGACACCCAAUACCAUCGACUUGGUCCCAACCAUAAACAAAUCCCUAUCAAUUGCCCAUAUCGUGCUCGUCCCUCAAACACGCAGCGUGAUGGUCUCAUGACUAUUGACAGCCAAGGUGAGACAAAUACUGUUCAUUUUUUACCCUCAAAAAAAAAUUCUUUAGGUAACGCUCCAUCCUACUUCCCGGACAGUUUCAACGGGCAUGUCGAGCACAAGGAGAGAAUAGAACAUGUAUACAAUUUGCAUGGACAAGUAAAUCGCCAUGCUCCAAAUACAGAUGACGAUUUUGUUCAGCCAAGAGAGUUCUGGCGACGGGUGAGUAGUAUUAGUGCUGGGCGGAGCGUUGCGCGCACGCAGCCGCAGGCGCGUGCUUCGAAGAGUGUUCCUCUCUUUUGGAUAGUUUUGAAAGAAGAUGAGCGAGAACGGUUGGUUCAAAACACCGCCGGUAUGCUGAAAGACGCUUCAUCAGUCGUUCAAGAGCGCUUCCUCGAGAAUACGUACGCAAAGGUUGAUCCUGAUCUUGCUAGCAGAGUGAAGAAAGCGGUCGCAGGAUUAAUUUCGGCUAAAGUGGAACUAGCUCAUUCCAAUGUUUGA